AUGGGUGAAAACUCAUUUCUAAUAACGACUGGAAACUCUGAACAAAUAAUAAAAACAGCUCAGUGUGUUUUAAAACUCUCUUCGAAAUAUUUUGUUGAAAAGAAAGCUUUAAGCGGCAGCAUUGUUAUAAUCAACAUUAAUUCUUAUACCUCUACAACACAAGGACCACUGUUGCAUACUAUUCACAGCGGUAUCAAAUAUUCUAUUAUGGUAAAAGAUUCUUUUUACUCGCAUGCAAACGCUUCCCAUUUCCCUGAGAAAGCGAAAAAUUAUAUGUUGAUUUUAGAAGAAAAAUCAGAGCUGGAAAGGAAUAUCCUGCAGUUGAAUAAAUUGCCUAGUUGGAAUCCUUUGGCAAAAGCUAUAGUUUAUUACGAGUUGAAAAAUAAUGAGACUGGUGCAGACACAGCUAUAGAACUCAUAAACCAACUUCGAGUAUACGAAUUAUUUAAAACGAUUGUAUUUAUCUGCGAUAAACAAAACGAUGAAGUUAUUUCGUACACUUGGAGACCUUACAGUGAUACUAAUUGCGGUGGAGAAUGUCAUUCUGUGUACAUACUGGAUAAAUGUAAGGAUAAUAUAAUAUUCCAAGUUGAAAAACAGCAUGAAAUGUUCCCACCUAAUAUGAAAGGAUGCCCUUUGAUAACUUAUGCCGUUGUCGCUGAGCCAUACGUUUUACCUCCCGUGAAAAAACUUAGUAAUACUCUUUAUGACGAUGUGUACGAAUUCACGAGAGGAGGUGAUAUAAAUCUUGUUAAAAUUAUAAGUGAAUUUACUAACAUGACAUUAAUUGUUAGAAUGUCGGAGAUACCGGAAAACUGGGGUGUGGUUUACCCUAAUGGAUCCGCGACAGGGGCGUACGCCAUGCUAAGAAAUGGGUCGACAGAUCUCGUCGUGGGAAAUGUUGAAGUGACAAGGAUUCUUCGGAAAUGGUUUCAUCCAACUGUAAAUUACUUGCAAGAUGAAAUGACGAUUUGCACUCCGAAAGCGAGACAAGCGGCUACUUGGGAUAACCUUGUAAUUAUAUUUCAGUGGUCCACCUGGAUGGCUGUGCUUGUUAGCUUAAUCGUGAUGUCACUCAUAUUUCACUACUUUCACUAUAAAGAGAACAAUAGUAAAGUAACCAAAUGGCCAACAAACUCUUUGCUGAUGACUUUUAGCAUGUUGCUAGGUUGGGGAGCUACUUUUGAACCAAGGAGCUCAACGUUCCGAAUCUUAAUAUUCGCUUGGCUCUGUUUCAGUAUAAACAUGAGUAUAUCUUACGAAUCAUUUCUUAGAACUUUCCUAAUGCAUCCUAGAUUUGAAAAGCAGAUAAGCACUGAAUCUGAUUUUAUACAGUCUGGUAUUCCGCUGGGAGGUAGGAAGAUUUAUCGGUCUUAUUUUGAAACUAAUAAUGCGAAUUCAUCUUAUUUAUAUCGCAAGUACAACUCGACUACAUUCUUGGAGGGGAUCAGACGUACAGCUUUGGAGAGAAACUUCGCUGUCGUUUCUUCGAGACGUCAAGCUGUCUACCAAGACCGGAAGUUAGGUAAAGGGGAACCUUUAAUUUAUUGUUUUCCAGAAAGUAAUAAUAUGUACAAAUAUAGUGUUGCUAUUCUGGCUAGGAAAUGGUUUCCUAUAUUAGAACGGUUCAACACUAUUAUCCGAAGCGUCACUGAAAAUGGACUAAUUAAUAAGUGGAACGAAGAGCUCUUGAUACACGCGGCAAGUAUAGAAAGUACUAGUGCCAUAAUGUCGUUGAGUAUCCAGCAAUUACUUGGUGCAUUUAUGCUAAUAGGGAUUUUAUAUGCGGUUAGCGUGUUUAUAUUUCUUUUUGAAAUAAUGGUUGGUUUCAUUACAAAGAGAAAAUUUAAGCUUCAAAAUUAUAAAUUAUCAGAUCCUACGCAAAUUGAAGCGUACCCAAGAAGAACAUGA